UGUGUGUGAUGGAGUGUUCGGGCCAGUUUGAUAAAAGAUAAACCAUGCAAGUGUUUGUUUGUUAGGUUCGUAUGACGUCAUGGCUGAAGCUUAACUCAAAGAGAAAGAAAAAAAAAAUAGAAUUUAAAAAAAACCCGGAUGUGAUGUCAUAGCGUAGUUCUCGAAGAAAGUAAACAAGUGUUAAUUCCAACUUCGGUACGAGCGGCACCAAAUUACCUUCCAUAUACACCAACGGGUAUGUAUACGAGUCAGAAAUAGGGGUGAGAGCUUAUUUUACCGAGAAUCUGUUGGUGACACAAGGAGACUUCCACACUCACUGAAUAGCUAAUUACUUCACCAUGAACAAGGGUCAAUUCUUCCAACGGGUUCUACCAGAGAGCUGCAUUUCCUUCUCUUCUGAAGAAGGCAAGACUAUCUUCACCGAAGCCUUGAUGUCUGGAUACAUGAAUUGCUAUUUCAAACUGGCAGCUCAGUUCCGUACACAGGAUGAACCGGCCUACUGUGGUCUCUCUACGUUGGUCAUGAUACUCAAUGCACUGGAGAUUGAUCCGGGCAUUGCAUGGAAAGGUCCAUGGAGAUGGUACCAUGAAAACAUGCUGGAAUGCUGUGUUCCACUGGAGGUGGUCAAAGUAAAUGGGAUCAGUCUGGAGCAGUUCACUUGUAUUGCUCAGUGUAAUUGUCUCGUCACAACAGUUGUACGUCCGGAACCAAAAGACGAAGAAACUUUCCGAAAUGUUGUGAAAUCUUACACAAAACGAGAUGAUGCAUUCAUUGUGGCCACGUAUUCCCGUAAAGUUCUCAAACAAACUGGAGAUGGACAUUUCUCACCAAUUGCAGGGUAUCACCCUGGGCGCGACAUGGUCCUCAUGAUGGACACAGCCCGGUUCAAAUAUCCACCCCACUGGAUACAUCUACCCUCUUUACUCACUGCUAUGAACACACAGGACAAAGCUACAGGAACUCUCCGAGGUUAUGUGCUGCUAAGCAAGAACACGGGCUGUGACCACCCUGUUAUAUUUUGUGUGUCUUCUCAACUAAGUCUGGCAAUUCAUUCCAUAAUACCAGCAGACAUUAUGACUUUUGUACAAAAAUGGUGGGAUUUCUUGGAGCACCAAUCCGAGGCCACAGAUUGUCUUGUGACCAUCACGGAGGCAACUGGCCAUAUAAUGAAGCUACUGAGUGAUCUGAAGGCAGAGAACUGGCUCCUGGGAACACAUGUUCUUGACCAGAAAUGUCCUUGUGAUUUGCAAGAGAAAUUCCAGUGUAUGAAAGAACUGUUGUUAGAGAAACUUGAGAAGACGGACCUUUAUUUGCUGGUUUCACAACAUGGUGAGAAGAAGUACAAGGCCCCAACGUGCAUCUGUCGACCAGCACAAAAAUGUGAAGAAGCUUCGAAACCAUACAAAGCUGUACACAAUUUACACAUGGUAACAAUGCUUCUGUUUGCCUGGCCUUAUGGUGCAGCAACAAAUCCUGAUGCUGUACCAUCCGACAGCACCACUGCUGAAGUACUUAACAAGCAAGUACUAAGUAUGUAUGUCAAGAAACAGAUCAUCGGAGCAGAUUUAUCCAGAGAAAUCGAGGGUCUUAAAAACCAGCUGACUGUCAUUUUGGCCCAACUGUAUUCAGACGAUAACAAUAAGGUUACAAAUGAUGUUGAUAAACAGGACAACCAAUAAAGUUAACGAGGAAGCACACAAAACAACCAGGUUACUAAUGAACUAAGAAUCCACUUGAUAAAUAAGAGAAACUAUUAGCAGGGCUGGAUGAUGAACUGUAAAAGGUACUCUUAAGCCCUAUAUGGUGAAUGGUAAAUUCAUCAGAUAACAGGCAGUGUGAAGGAAUGAUAAUGGCUAAGUACUGGGGCUACUCAAAGAAAAUUGCUAGAUGUAUGGGAAUGAGUAGGUAUUUCAGCAUUAAUGGUAAGGAACAACUGCUGGGGGUUACUCAGAGGAAAUGGCUAAAUGUAUAGGAAUGAACAGCUUUUGACACCAAUCCAUCUAAAACCAACCCUGAAUCUGUGAUACAAAGCAUCUUGUUUUAAAUGGUCUAAUUUAAAACAUUCCUCCAAAAUUUCACAUUAACUUGUUUCAAACAGCAGAUUGGUGAGGACAAAGGUAUUUUAUUAAAUUCUUCAUUAUUUUUAGAAUUAAUUGAAACAAAGGCAGCGUAUUUCAAUGGGAGUAUGGUAACAAAAGGGUUAAGAUGCAGCAUUCAUGAUAAGGACCAAGAACUCAGGUUAAUCAGAGCAAAUGGCUAGUUGUAUGAGAAGGAGUAGAUAUUUUAUCAAAGUUCACACUUUCUGGGGUUAUCAGAAGAAAUGGUUAAGUCUACAUAAGAAGCACUAACGGUAAAGACGAAGUACAGGGGUCACUCAGAAGAAAAGUUGAAGUGUACGUAAUAGGUAGGGUCACACUUAACAUACUACCUCUAGUUUACAUUAUUACA